GCAGCCGGAGGCGGGCGGAAGCGGGCCCGGGCGUGGAGCCGCCAUGCUGCGGUCGGUCGGGCUGCUCUGGCUGCUGCUGCCGGGGCUGGCGGCGCUGGAGCCGCUCAGCGUGGGCCUGGCCAUCGGUGUCGCCUCGGCCCUCACCGGCUACUUGUCCCACCCCAGGUUCUACUGCAACUACGUGGAGUGCUGCCCCAGCGCCGCGAAACGCCUCGACGCCGAGGCACUGAAGGUGCAGCUGAACGCCAAGCUCUUCGGGCAGCACCUGGCCAAGGAUGUGGUGCUGAAGGCAGUGACGGGCUUCAGCAACAACCCGAGUCCCAAGAAGCCGCUGACACUUUCGCUCCAUGGCUGGGCCGGCACCGGCAAGAACUUCCUCAGCCAGAUCCUGGCGGAGCACGUCCACCCCGCCGGCCUGCGCAGCAAGUUCGUCCAUCUCUUCCUGGCCACCCUGCACUUCCCCCACCAUGACCAGCUCAGGGUCUACAAGGAACAGCUACAGAACUGGAUUCGGGGCAAUGUCAGUGCCUGUCCCCGCUCUGUCUUCAUUUUUGAUGAGAUGGACAAAAUGCACCCAGGUCUCAUCGAUGCCAUCAAGCCGUUCUUAGACUAUUACGAGCAGGUUGAUGGGGUGUCCUACACACAAGCCAUCUUCAUCUUCCUCAGUAAUGCAGGUGGUGACUUAAUUAAUAAAGCAGCUCUUGACUUCUGGACAAGUGGAAAGCACAGGGAAGAGAUUCAGCUGAAAGACCUGGAGCCCAUGCUGUCCGUAGGAGUCUUCAACAACAAGAAUAGUGGUCUGUGGCACAGCAGCCUCAUCGAGAGGAACCUCAUUGACUACUUUAUUCCCUUCCUGCCCCUGGAGCACAGGCACGUGAAGAUGUGCAUCAGAGCUGAAAUGACAGCCCGUGGCUAUGCUGUCGAUGAGCAGGUUGUUCAAGCAGUGGCCAAUGAGAUGACAUUCUUCCCAAAAGAGCAGAAAAUCUACUCUGAUAAAGGCUGCAAGACUGUACAGGCCAAGCUGGAUAUUCACGAAGAUGUGAUGAGAUACACGAAGGCCAAGGGCUGAUUACCCUUCAGUUCCCUAAAGCCCUUUCAGAGCUUUUGGAAAUCUGUGUAUUUGCACUUCAGCUUUUUUUUACUGUUGUAGAGCAUAUGGUGAAAAUACUGUGUGGGCUUUUUAUUGUUUUUUUUUAACCUUAACGUCCCACUAUUCAUCCCUGAACUAGGUGGUAUCCAAAUGUUGCCCCCUUUAUUUUUCUUUUAACCUACAGAGAAUUUCUGAACGACACACAGCACUGGAAACAGCCUCUCCUGCUCUAUUCUUCCAAGUGCUAGGAUUAUUAAAUAUUUAAUUCUUCUUUCCACAAGAACUAGAGCAAAGGAGAAUGGAGGAAUUCUUCCAGGCAGUCAUAUUCCCUUCCCUGUACACGAUCUUGUUCAUGGACAAGUGAAAUAAAGGGACAUUUGGUGUGUUCAGGACUAUGAUCAUGUCUGCAAGAGUAAAUAACUUGAUGCACUGCAGUAAGAAGACGGUAUGAUGGAAAGCUUCCUAUCCUUCACAGCGCAUUGAUGCUGUUGUGGCUUCUACAGACAAGUAUCAGCUAUUCAGCAACAGAAGAACAUGAUCAGAGUUUGUCUGAGCUGUGGCAUCAUAUUGCAUCUCCUGCUACAGUAAUAUGGAGAGUCAUGAUAAGCUCAGGGAAACCAGUUACUAAAUAGUAGAGAAAGGGCGUAUGUGGGAAGUAACUGCUUGCCCCUCUGCUUCUUUGGCAAAAAAGAAAUUGUAAAAGAAAGCUUAUAUUCUUCUAACUAAGGGGGCUAAGAGGGUUUGUGUGGUAACUCCAGGUCUUCCUAAGAGAGGGACCCACCUGAGAGAUUUGACUGUUACAACAUACUAGGCCAGUUGUCUGUUCUUAAUUGGAAAAAUCUCUCAUGACAAUUUGACUGUUACAGCUUGUCAGGUUAAUCUGCACGCGGGGUCCUGGGCCUGAAGUCUGCCGGAUCUUUUGUAGUCCUUCCCAAUAGCCUAGGAGCAGGUAAUGUUGCUCUCACCUUGCUUAGAAGACACUUUUAUGGCAGAAGUUAUUUUUAAUAGUGCAUUUUUAUACUGAAGUGUAGGCAACAGCAAUACAAAGCUCUUCCUAGCGAAUCACAGAGAAGGGAGUCUGGUAAAUGGGAGCAAUUAACCACCCUGUACCUCACUAGAUAAGUAUGUUUUAGAGUAGCCUUUAACAUUAAAGAAUGAAUGCGUGGAAGGUUGAGGAAUGAGUUAGGAAGCUGAGAAAGAUGAUUUAACCUUCACCCACUUGGUAAGGCUGGGGUUUAAAACUGUUGCAAGCUUUAACUCUUUCAUCAUCCCUCACUUGUGGCUCAAAUACUGUAGUGCAAGACAAGUGCCUAUUGCUUUGUUGAUUGUAGUGUGUUUUUUAAACUGGUAUGAAGGAUUGGGCUAUUUUUGUGCCACAGCAUCUACUCCCUCACUUGUACUUAAACUUACUUUAAGAUGCGAUCCAAAACUUUUAACACUGUUAUGUUAAUUCAAAUUACAACACAGAUCUUAGCAUUUGAGUUAAGCUCUAAAUUAAAAGUGUCAAUUGCCUUUUACAACCCCGCGUGGAAUUUGUCAAAUGUUGGCAACUGUUCAUGUUGAUGUAAUCUCCAGAGCCAAACGCUAGCUAGUUAUUAACCUUGGGACAUUGGACUGUUGCUUUUCGUGUAUAAUGUUUUGCCUGUUAACUGACUUAGGUGUAAAUGCUGCGUCCAGUUUCAGUUAGUCCAAAUACAAAAUACUUUGCAAUUUCAAAACACUAAAUAUUACUACUGUACUGCAGUUAGAAUAAAUCUCAAGCCACUUUUC